AACCGAUUACUAUAUGUUUUUAGAUUCUCAAAAAUGAGGUAGAUAAUAAAAACUGUAUAUACCGAAAUAUUUUGGUUUCAUCGGUUCCUGCCAUGUCACCGUUCGAUAUAUUUCGCUUGAUUAUACCAAGUAAUCCUCUGCUAUCUGUGACACUGUUGCUGUGCUUUUUUAAUUAUUUAUUACUUCUGAUGAACUAUAAUUACAAGCAAGUUUGCUCAGACGAAACGUUUGCGUCUGAAGGGAGGAGCCGUCAAAGGAGAGGAGUAAACGACUUUGAUCAUUGGAAUGUUCAAGAAAAAAAUCAAUUCUGGGUUGUGGAAAUGGCAAAAUAUUCAACUUUCAACUGGGAAUCUGAGAUGGAACGGCUUUUCGAAAUUAUACCAGUGAUGGAAAUGAGAACAGAUAGCGUGACUCCAGAUGAUGCCGAAAGACAAAUCCCUAUUGAUCCCAAUGAGCCAACGCAAUGGGGCCAAAAUCUUUCAAAAAGUCACAAGUUGCCGCUUGUUACAGAAUAUACUAACGAAGAGCUUAUUGCUCUUGAAAUGAAAAGAAUUAAUAGUAACUUUACAAAUAUAUAUCAAAAUCUUAAUAAACAGAGCAAUUCAAAAUGGCAUUUGCUAAAAGAAAAUGCGUUAUUGAAUGGUUUACUGAAUUGCAGAGAAAUUUCGCAGCUAGAGUAUAGUCGAAAAGACCCGCGGAUUAAAUACAAUUUCCGUAGUUUGUCAAAAUGGAAAGGUGACAUCAAAAUUUCAUCCACUGUAAGCGUUCCAAUACUUCUAAGAAAUUUCGUCAAAAAGAAAACUCCACCAGAAUCAUCUAUAGAAAAGAUGAAUUAUCCCACGAUUGCAAGAAAAAGCGAUAAACAGUAUUUUGACAAAAGCUUUGAGCGUGCUAAAACUAAACUUCUUAAUCUGUUGAAAAUGCAAGGAUGGUAUGGAAUACCACGUUUGUAUGGAUUGUGUAUCACGUCAUCAAGUGGAGAUGACGUUACAGACGCAAUAUUAAAUCCAACUAAAGGAACGCCGAUGAAGGUCUCGGAUAAAAUCAGAUACAUAGUUGCAAGACACGAUGAAGGAACUACACUUUGUGAUUCCUAUUAUGCAUCGUUUGAAUGUCAGCGACUUCACCCAGUUAUGAGGUUGACGAAUACAAUGGAUAAACCGCCUCUGGCGGCAAUAACUAUAAUGUACAAUACCGCAAAGCUUUUUGAGCAAUUUUGGAAACACGGUGCUGUAUUAUAUGAUCUGCUCGGAACAGAUUUCAAAAUUGACUCGAAUUUAGAUGUCAUGAUAACGGAUACUAGUUCAGUAAAAUUUCUACCAAGAAAUGAAUGCUCAGAAAGUUCACAUAUACAGAGGUUGCUCUCGGAUACAAUAUGUACUGAAUCAACACAAUGUGAACUAGUUUCUUGGCAAACAAACUCUAUUUCUCUGAAACUCGGUAUGCACUGUGGAGAAGUGAGAGGUUAUUGUAAAAAGAACCGAUGUUGGGGAAUCGAUUCACACGUGCAUGCCUGUAUAUUAUCAAGAUGGUUUUUUACCAAACUUCAUGCUGUAAUUCCUACCUCUUGGUCACAUGAUGAGGACCUAAAUAAUCUUAUUCAGUGUGGAUCCAGUAACGCGCCAGAUGAAAGAUGUGAUUGGACUCAACUAAAAACGGGCCUAAAACAGAUAUAUGACAUUGCAAAGAAAGAAUGGGCUCCCAAAUAAAGAAAUCUGAAACGACGUGACUUCCAUAUACACGUCUUUUCAUUAACACAUUAAAUGAAAUUUCUUUCACGUAUACGUAAGUUUUUCUAAAAGAAGAUAGAAAUGACAAACUCAUAACAGAAACCACAUACCAUAUAUUUAAUUUAUAUACAAGCAAAAUACUUCGUUAAUUCGUGACUGUGUAUAACAUUAGGCGGUGUAACCUAAUAUUAUAAUUCAGCGUUAUUUCAACGUUAUCAAAUCUAUUGGCAGAUAAGUUGAUCAUUAUUGACAACGUAUUUUUGGCGAUGUAUCUUGCUUCAAUCACUCUUUCGCCAAAUAAAUAACUUUUGUCACUGCCGCACACUGUGUUUUAAGCAAUUUAGCCAUAUAUGAAUGCUUUCUCAUUAACUCAUUAGUCUCUGAUUGUAUUCUAAUUUAUAAUAUAUAUUUAUGAUUUUUUUUUCUUGGAAGAAAAAUGGGCGACAGGUACGACACGAUUGUGCCAUAAGUGCCGCAAGCAUAAUAUAAUAUUGAUAAGACAGACAAUGUAAAUGAAGUGAAGGUAACGUCUCUAAUGAAAAACACCACGAAGACAAUAUCAACAGUAGUUAGUUUAUGUCCCAGGAAGAAGUUGGUGAAUUCCAUGAUUUGGGCCAAUGAUAGGGUAGUCGACUCUUGUGAUAAUAUUUUACUCUCGAAGGGAACAGAAAAUUGCCCGACUUCUGCGGUUGUUAAUAACUAUAAAUAUACUUUGAAAUUGAUUGGGAGUUGGGCAGUGAAAGAAGAAUAUAUCAUAGUUCAAAUCUGAAAAUGAAAAAUCCAAACAAAACAAUAUAUACAUCAAUCAAAUAACGAAUAAUAAAUGUUUGAUUAAGUUAUAUAUAUCUUGUUUUGUCUGAAGGUAGACCAUGAUAUAUUACGAACUUAUUCUAAUUAGACGCUGUAAUCUGUUUCAAGCAGUCUUGUUGAAGCUACAUACAUAAGCAAUUCACAAUUUCCCAAUAUUCUCAGUUGCAAUUUUUAUUUGAGGAUUGUUCGUUAAAGAUAAGCUUUUACUUUCUACUACAUAAGAUUCACCGAAUGUUAACCAUUCAGUAGGGCCUAUGAAAUGUAUUUACGUAUUUACGUCCAAAUUAGGAAUUUCUGAAAGGAGUUUGAAACGUUGAAAAUUACAUCGUCAUUCCCAAAAUUCAUUCUUUAUCGUGGCUUUACAUUGUCGUUUCUAGUUUCGAUUGAGACAAAUUUUUAGUAAGAUAUUUUUUGGACCAAUA